AUGGCCCCUGCAAGCGACACACGGCCAAGCACGUCGCUCUCCGACCAUGCGCGCAAUUCAUUGUCCAUAAGUUCGUUGCAGCCUGCGGCGCUGGAAGUCUGCCAUCAAAUUUAUGAAAAUCCAGUUCUCACAGCUACUUCAAGAUCCGUCAUAGCAGACAUCUUUCAUUUAUCGCGCCAAAUAAGCACAUUGAACAUUCCCCGCCCCUUUGCCACCUUGUGCACCAUUCUGCGACUUCAACCUCCGGAACGCGAUCAUUUAUGGCGCGCAUUGCGAGCGUGGUCUGAGAUCAACGAUGUCUGCGAAAACGAGUCGUUCGGUACGUGUAUAGUCGCGGUGGUGCAUUGCGAAUUGCGGCUGAAACUAAAAGAAGAUGGUCACCGAAAGUGCAUAGUCGAACAUACGUUCCACGUUCUGCUCCUUCCGGGGAUCCACAAAGACGAACUGCAUUCGCGUCGAGGAUCGGAUUCGAUGAGUUCUAACCAUUCCCCACUGUCAGUGCAUCGAGCGCCGGCUGGUGUGGGGCCGUGCAUGUCAAUACCCGGAACAUCUGUGCAGAUACCAUCGCCGUUCCAUUUCAAGAUGCACAUAAUUACCCGGCUAGCAUUCAACGAACAGGGUCGCAUCACUCACCAUCGAGACUUUUGGGAUAUCAAAGACGUCAUGGGGUUGGUUCCAGGCGUCUCCGUGGUGCAGUGGCUGGGUUCGAGGGUGAUGGCUCGAGGGCUGAGCUUUGCCUACCAGUCUCUGUCUAACGUCCUGGGCCCCAGCGUGCCCGAGCAGGACGUCGAGAGCGCUCCUCAUACGCUGACAGCCGCUGCUUCGUACAGUGCCACCGUCAAGAACGCUCUUGGGUUAGAAGGCAUAUGA